UUUUUGACUUGGACUUUCUCUCCCACACCAACUCUCUCACGCAAUAAUCUUUUCUUCACUUCUGCAACAAUAAUACAACAUCGCAUACAUAUCCUCCCUUCAACAUCGUCAUCCUCCUUCUCGCUCUUCAACUCGUAACUCACAUCUCUUUCCUAACCUGCGCACCCCCACCUCGCCCAUAGGCGUAAUGCGCCACCACCAUCACUUCCACUGGUUGAAAGCCUUCACCACCUUCUAUUUUCUCUUCUUCUAUUCCGCUGCAGCCGUAACAACUCUCACCCCACAACCCAGUGGUGGGACUGUGAAUCACCUCAGCCGGGAAGAGAAACAAAAUGGGUCACCGGCGGUGACGGAGGAGAGACUUGUGGCUGGGGGAAAGAGAUUCGGCGGGCCGGGGUCGUCGCCGCCGUCGUGCAGAUCCAAGUGCGGUUGGUGCAGUCCUUGCAUACCGGUUCACGUUCCAGUCCAACCCGGUUUAAUAAUUCGCCUCGAGUACUAUCCAGAAGCAUGGCGUUGCAAGUGUGGGAACAAGCUUUUUAUGCCAUGACGUUAAUAAAUUAGCAUAUAUAGUUAUGGAUUAUAAAAAUCGUAGUACAAAAGAUGAACACAAACGUUGGCAGAAGCGAGCAGGAGAACAUUGCAGACACUAGCAGCAGCCGUCUUAAAUUUUCCUUUUGGGGUAUUUGUUUAUUUUUAUCUCAGUGUUAGUGCCUUUCAUGCACUGAUUAAUGCUGCUGAGGUUGGGUUGUUUAAGAGUACUAUGUUUAUAGUAUUAUUGAUGUUUAUAGUAUUGAAUUUUGGAUUAACCUUUUGAGGGAAGGAGGGAGGGACAGUCAGGAAGGGAGUGUUGGGAAUGUAAGAUGUUCAGGUGUGAUUACCGAGACGAAUAUCUUAAACUUUCUCUGCUUUUAACACACUA